CUCAAGAAGGAUCUCCUCACAUUUGAAAUUCUGAAAAUGAAAAUCUUUGUGUUCACCAUUGUCAUUGCACUGCUGUGCAUAGCUCAGGAACUCAAAGCAACUGAAUCAUCACAAACUCCUACAGCUUGCUGUUUUAAAUUCACCAACAAGCAACUACCUAAAAAAUCAAUCGAUUAUUUUGAAGUAACAAGCAACAAAUGUCCAUUACCUGGAGUGAUAUUUCACACUAAAAAGGGUCACCAAGUUUGUGCAAGUGCAAAUGAAAACUGGGUACAGGAGCACAUUAAAAAUUUCCUGCUGAAGAAUUAAUUAGGAGGAAAAGGAAGAUAAGAUACAGAAAACACUGUCGUAAUUUGGAAAAUCAGUGAAAGACUCAGUAUUGUAAGCACCCAAACAAAAAGAACUGUUCUAUGGUGAAUUAACUAACAUCUGGCUUUGGGAGAAUAAAAAUCUUCACUGGUACUAACUUCACUUUGAAUGCAGAACUGUUCUUAUUGCACACUUUAAACCGCAAUAACAUGCUAACACGUUGUCUUUAUAAUUGCAUUACAAUGACAUAUAUCAUAGUUAAAACUGAUUUGAAAUAAUAAAAGGACUCAAUUGUACAGGCCUCAUUUAUUUCUUGGAUUGGAUUCAUUUAUAUUAGUGAGAAUGCAAAAAAAAAAAUACUGAAUGUCACCAAGAUGCAAUAUUGCAAAAGCAGAAUAAUGACAACAUGAUGUGAUGAGAUGGGCCACUUGAAAGACUUUGUAUUUCAAUUUGAUGCAUCUCCAAAAGCAAUUGUUUAAGUUCUCUUAACAAACUCCUACUGGAAGUGUUGCAAAUUGUGCAAUAUUGUAAUUUAUACCUUAAAUUUAAUUUUAAAAUUGUUCUUAAUGUAUGCAAAAUAAUUUUAUUGUCUUGCUCUUUG